UACAGAAUCUCCGAUAUUGUAUUUAGGUUUAGCCAGAGAGGUUGGGUCUGGAGUCGACUAGUGAGGGUUGACUGAGACUGAGUUCCAUUCGGAUGAGUCACGUUCAACUUGUAAUAGUUAAGCACCACCCGACCCAAAGCAGAUUGACUUUUCAAAACUCACACCAGUCCAAUCCAGCCCAACCCAAGUUGAAUUCUUUUGCCCAUUGGACACUCAAUUCUCCUCAAAAGACCUUACAACCUUUCCCUUCGGUGUGGUUAAACCUCAGAUGCACGAACUAUGAUGAUUCCAAUCCUCUUCUCAAAACCAUUUCAAUUUCUCUUCAUUUCAUUCCUACCACUCUUCUUGUCACGUGUUUCUACUACUAGUGCUGAACCCCUCCAUGACAUGUGUUUCGACGAUGGUAAUUACACAACUCAUAGCACUUUUGGAACUAAUCUCAAUCUCCUUUUCUCUUCUCUUACCUCUAACGCCACUUUCACCGGCUUCUCCAAAGAAAUGGUCGGCCGGAACCCAAACCGGGCCUAUGGUCUUGCCCUCUGCAGAGGUGAUGCUACGCCGGAUGUAUGCCGUAAUUGCCUCAAUACUGCAAGCGAAGAAAUCGUUACAAGGUGUUCCAGCAAGAGUGGAAUUAUAUGGUAUGAUAACUGCUCCUUGCGCUACUCGAACAAAAGUUUCUUUGACCAGUGGGAUUCUUAUGUGCCAGUUUUCCUGCCGAAUAACCAAGGUGUUUCAGACCCAACUCGGUUUAAUCUAUUUCUGCCAAACCUGAUGAAACGUCUUAUUCAGCAAGCAGCUUAUGAUCCGUCAGCAGACAUGUAUGCGACUGGAGAAGUGAAUUUUACAAACCUGGAAAACAUAUAUGGGCUUAUGCAGUGCACCCGAGAUCUAUCCCGAAGAAAUUGCAAUAUGUGCCUGCAACAGGCUGUAUCUGAAAUACCGAGAUGCUGUAAUGGAAGCCGAGGUGUGAGAAUUCUUGGGGUGAGUUGUAAUUUGAGGUUUGAGGCCUACAAGUUCUAUAAGGACUCGGUUGUGACACAGGCUCCUCCUCCUCCUCAUCCUCAAACUCCUCUUCUUCCUCCAUCCACUGAUCAAAAUGACACUGGUAGCAAACAAAUCUCAUCCACUACUGUGGUCGCCAUUGUCAUUCCGAUAGUUGCUGCCGUGAUGCUAUUCUCUACCAUCUAUGCUUGUUUGCGCAGGAGGAAUCCAAAGAACAUGUAUAUAGCCUCUAGAGCUGAUGGGGAUGAGAGCACAAAUGUGGAGUCAUUGCAAUACGAUUUGGGCAUGAUUAGAGCUGCCACAGACAACUUCUCUGAAGCUAAUAAACUUGGACAAGGUGGAUUUGGUUCUGUUUACAAGGGUUGGCUUAGGAAUGGACAAGAAAUAGCUGUGAAGAGGCUCUCCAUGAAUUCUAGACAAGGGGUGCAGGAGUUCAAGAACGAGGUCGCAAUAGUGGCUAAGCUUCAACACAGGAAUCUUGUUAGGCUCAUGGGUUUCUGUUUGGAGGGCAAUGAAAAGCUACUCAUCUAUGAAUACCUUCCCAACACAAGCCUCGAUAAAUUUCUAUUCGGUUUGGCCCCAUUUUCAUAUGCAUUUCUCCAUGAAACUAGAUCCAGUACAAAGCUUUUAGAUCCAAUUAAAAGGGCAUGUUUGGAUUGGGAAAGACGUUACAAAAUCAUCAUAGGGAUCGCACGAGGUCUUCUCUAUCUUCACGAAGAUUCUCGACUUAGGAUUAUUCAUCGGGAUCUCAAAGCUAGCAACAUUUUGUUAGAUGCAGGGAUGAAUCCCAAGAUUUCAGAUUUCGGGUUAGCAAGGAUUGUUGGAAUGGACCAAACUAAAGGCAAUACGGAGAGAAUAGCUGGGACUUUCGGAUAUAUGUCGCCAGAGUAUGCGAUGCAUGGGCACUUCUCAGUGAAGUCGGAUGUGUAUAGCUUCGGCGUUCUACUUCUGGAGACUGUGAGUGGUAUGAGCUCUUGUUUCUACGAAUCAGGCCUUGGCAAGCACCUUUUAAGCCAUGCAUGGAGAAAUUGGAAGGAUGGAACACUUCAAGAGUUGGUGGAUUCAAGCUUGAGAGGAUGCUAUUCGAGAAGUGAAGUGACCAGAUGCAUUAACAUUGCGUUAUUAUGUGUUCAAGAGGAUGUCUUCGAUAGGCCCACCAUGGCGACUGUUGUUCUCAUGCUCAACAGCUAUUCUGUUAGUCUCCCAAGGCCUUCAAAACCUGCAUUCUUUCUGUCCAGUACAAUGAAACCGAUGCCUGUGCCCCGAUGCAACGAUUCGCAGGCAAGUGAGUCUGUGAAUGAGGUGUCAAUUACCGAAUUAUCCCCUCGUUAGUUCAGUGCAUAAAAAGGGUAUUUAGAAAAGAAAACUAUAUGCUUGUGAGAAUAAUUUAUGUAGCGAAGUGGCUUGGAUGCUUUGUGCAUGAAUGCCGCGUAAAGCGCCGAAUGUGUCAUGUGUGUAAUAUGUUAUCCAUUCUUCAAAUGGGUACCAAGAGGUAGAUGCUCGACCUUCACAUGAAGAU